UCUAGGCAACUGCUUUCGGCUCUGGACCGCGAUUGACUCAGAUUUGUCCUUUUUCCCACCUGUGCUUUUGCGUUCCAGAAGACAUUGGUGUAAUCAAUUCAAAAAGCAGAUAUGGCUGCAACUUUUGUAAACUGCUUCAGGGAGGAGCUUAUUUGCUUCAUAUGUCGGGAAGUAUAUGAGGACCCUGUACGGCUCUCCUGUCGCCACAAUUUCUGCCGCCAGUGUAUCCUCAGGACUUUUUCUGCAAACGAAGAUGUGGUUCAUUGCCCGGAGUGCAACAUGCCGUACUAUGCAGAACCACGUCUUACAAAAAACCUAAAACUGGCCAACAUAGUUGCAAGUUUUAAGGCUCUGGAUGCUCUGAUACCAUCAGCAGCACCAGAAGGUGCCAAAUGUGUUCCCAGCUACGGCCAGGCAUUGUGCGGCACGGAGGUCCCUCGCGAUAAUAUGAAGCAAGAACUCCUGAAGCAUCAAGAAAAGAUAGGAGAGCAGAUGCAGGCCAUGGUGGCUAAUUUGAAUACUGCAGAAGCAGUUAAACAGCAGGCAGAGGAGAGCUUUGAGAAAACCAGGGAGAUGGUGAAAGCUCAUUACCAGAAGAUGCAUGAGCUCCUGGUGCAGGACAUGCAAAGGACUUUGCAUACGCUGGACACGGCUCACUCCAGGUUCUGCUUGGACAACUCAGCCCAGGUCUCACAAUUCCAUGAGAGACAACAGGAGGCUGAGCAGCUGCUGAGCUCUGUGAAGGCAGCACUUAAUAAACUUGAGGACAUCAACUCCAUGAAGGACACAGCAGAAAUGCAAAUUUUGCUGAACAGAUCAGAGGCCUACACCAGCGAAAAUCGCCCUCUUCCCAAUCAGGGGCACCUUAGGUUAAGAAGGCUUCAGAAAAAGAUCUCAGAGAAGGAGAAGAGCCUGCAGGAGCUCCUGGAAGGGCCUCCUAGCACAUCAAUGGAUGUCAACAGAAAUUCCUCACUGUCCCAGUCCAGACUGCAGCCCACAAAGGCUAUAAAGAGGAAGAGGCUUCACAGCUCCACAGGCCUUCAUGAUAAUGGCUGUGACUCGUCCUCCUGCGGGCCUGUGAGCAAAAGACGGUACACUACCCAGGGGUCAGCGGGGCCCCUCUCAGCUCCAGGACCCAGCUCCACCCCCAGGACGAUGACAUUAUUCAGGCCAGACUGUGCAACUAGGCCCAGCUCUCCACCAUGGACAAGCACCAUCUCUGGACCCAUCUCNUCUUCACUACUCUUUAACACAUCAGAGGCCUACACCAGCGAAAAUCGCCCUCUUCCCAAUCAGGGGCACCUUAGGUUAAGAAGGCUUCAGAAAAAGAUCUCAGAGAAGGAGAAGAGCCUGCAGGAGCUCCUGGAAGGGCCUCCUAGCACAUCAAUGGAUGUCAACAGAAAUUCCUCACUGUCCCAGUCCAGACUGCAGCCCACAAAGGCUAUAAAGAGGAAGAGGCUUCACAGCUCCACAGGCCUUCAUGAUAAUGGCUGUGACUCGUCCUCCUGCGGGCCUGACGAUGACAUUAUUCAGGCCAGACUGUGCAACUAG